AUGACCCCCCUCCCGCCACAGGAAGAACCCGCACUUGACUCGGACGAGGAGGUUGAAUUCGAAGACGUCCCCAUCCAGACAUCUCAAUCUCAACAGGCCCGUCCCUUUAGCCUCGGUGAUCUGGACCGGCCAUCCAAGCAUGCUGGUCCGGUGUCCACCAAUAUCCCCUGGACUCCUGAGAUUCACAUCCCCGACCAGCGGGACGCACCGUUGGCGUCGGGCUCCGAUGCCGAGAGACAGCUUCGCGGUCGUCUCAGCACGGCUAUUGACCGGAUCAAUGCACGUCAAAUGAAAGCCCAGAUUGGUAUGGAUGCGGCUAAUACGCAACCGGGUCUGACACGGUAUACCUGUAUCCAGCAAUUAGCGGAUGAUAUUGAGGGAACGGCGGAUAUGUUGUGGGAAUCGGCCACUCCUUCCAUCCAAGUUGAAGGACUGAUCACUCUCGCCGGGAUCUUGGAACGGUCCCUUGCAACAUACGAGUUUGAUGCAAUACCUACUCUGACCAUUCUCAAUAAACUUGACUACUACUUUAUUGCACUGAUGCAGGGUGAACAUCCUGUGUCGCAUCAAAAGAUCCCCGGGGCCAGUCCAGCUCAUCCUUUGGUCACACAGACGCAAAAGGUGCGCAUUCGAAGUAUUGCCGAGACAACGCGGAGCAAUUUCUUCACUUUGAUGCCUGAGCCUCGGGAUGAGGAUGGGGAUGGGGGUGGAAAGGGGGAAGGAGAGGAGGAGGAUUGGGAGGAGCCGGAAAUGCCAGCGUGGAUGAUGCAGGCGUCCAAGGUUUAUGAGCGUGUCCUGAUGCUCUUGGGGGAUCAAGGAGAUCCUAAUGAGACGGAGGCUUUUGAUGAUUUUGACUGA